AUGGAGAAAGCAGACUGUCCGCCAGAUUUCAGAUGCCCCAUAUCCAUGGAAGUCAUGAAGGAUCCAGUUACCAUCCUCACCGGAGUCUCCUACGAGCGCAAGAACGUUGAGAAAUGGUUCCACAAAUACAACAAGACGACCUGUCCUGCUACCAUGCAACCCCUUCAGAGUUUGGAUAUGACCCCUAAUCACACCCUCAAGCGUCUCAUUCUUGCAUGGCAGGACAAGCUAGUAACUCCAUCAUCCUCCCCGUCACAUCCAUCUAUCAAGCACGAGGAGAUGGUCUCCCUCUUCAGCACCCUUGAAUCUUCUCCAUUCAAGGUAACUUCUUUAAGGAAACUUCGGUCAAUAGUCCAGUUGGGUGAUGAUACAAGAUCUGACUUUAUUCGAUCCGGUGGCGUUGAGGCUGUUGUUCGAGUUCUAGUUAAUCAGACUGUCGUUGACAAUUCUGAUUUUGUUAGCUUUCAAGCCUGCGAGGAGGCUUUAGGUCUCUUACAUCUACUCCCAUUAAUAUCUGAGGAAGACAAAACUUUUCAAUUGUUAUCGAAACCAGAACCGAUGAAAUCAAUGGCAAUCGUACUUCAACGUGGAAGUGCUGAAGCCAGGCUUUAUGCCAUCACCAUAUUUAGACAGAUAGCUAAAACAGAUUUUGACUGGAACUUUUUGCUUCAAGAUCAAGGUAUUGACAUGUUCAAAUCUUUAUUAGAACUGGUCUAUGAUGAGCUAUGUAGCAAGGCAAGUUCAUGUGCUUUGGAGGUUCUGAUUGAAAUUUUAGCAUCAUCAAAGAAAAGCCGAUUAAAGGCCAUUGAAGCUGGCGCUGUUUGUGUCUUUGUGGAGCUCUUACCGGACUCUAACAAAUCCAAAUGUGAGAAAAUGUUGCUUUUGAUCAAGCUGUUGUGUGAAUGCGCAGAGGGAAGGAUGGCCUUAGUGGAGCAUGGUUUGGGUAUCCCUGCUGUUUCCAAGAAGUUGUUGCAUGUCUCUAAUUCGGCUACCAAACUUGGCGUGAAGAUCUUGUGGUUGACGUCUACUUUUCACCCAACGGAAAGGGUUUUGGAGGAAAUGCUCAUAUAUGGAGCAGUGAAGAAGCUCGUGGCAUUGAUACAUUUGGAGGGACGAUCGUCGACCAAAGAGAAGGUGCUCAACAUUCUCAAGUUGCACGGUAAUUCUUGGAGGCGUCAUCCUUGUUUCCCUUCUGACUUGAAGUAUUGUUUGGGCUGUCCCGAAUGA